ACAGCACUGUGCUGCAGGCUACAGCUUAACGGUGUCUUGCUGACGUGGAUCUGCUCCACCUAACGGGAAGCAACGACGGUUGCUUAAUCUUUCAUUGGGAAGAAGGUUGAAAGGCGAGGCGAAAACGUAAAAUUUGUCUUCGCCUCUCAGCCUCCAGCUAAAAUGAUCCACAGCCUGUUCCUAGUUAACGCCUCCGGGGACAUUUUCCUGGAGAAGCACUGGAAGAGUGUGGUCAGCCGCUCCGUGUGUGACUACUUCUUUGAGGCACAGGAGCGAGCCACUGAGCCGGAGAACGUCCCACCGGUGAUCCCCACACCGCAUCACUACCUUAUCAGUGUGCUCAGGCAUCGCAUCUACUUUGUUGCAGUCAUCCAGAGUGAGGUGCCACCUCUAUUUGUCAUUGAGUUUCUGCACAGAGUCGUCGACACGUUCCAGGAUUAUUUUGGAGUGUGUACAGAGGCUGCUAUUAAGGACAAUGUGGUAGUGGUCUAUGAACUACUGGAGGAGAUGCUGGACAACGGCUUUCCACUGGCCACAGAGUCCAACAUCCUCAAAGAGCUCAUUAAGCCUCCUACCAUCCUCCGUACAAUGGUCAACACCAUCACAGGCAGCACCAAUGUUGGUGAACAGCUCCCUACAGGCCAGCUGUCAGUGGUGCCAUGGCGACGCACCGGAGUCAAAUACACCAACAAUGAAGCCUAUUUUGACGUGGUGGAGGAGAUCGAUGCUAUCAUCGAUAAAUCGGGCUCCACUAUUACAGCAGAAAUUCAGGGAGUUAUUGAUGCCUGUGUAAAACUGACAGGCAUGCCUGACCUCACUCUCUCAUUUAUGAAUCCUCGGCUGCUGGAUGAUGUCAGCUUCCACCCAUGUGUUCGGUUCAAGCGCUGGGAAGCUGAGCGGAUCCUCUCCUUCAUCCCCCCUGAUGGAAGUUUCCGGUUGCUCUCCUACCACGUCAGCUCUCAGAACCUGGUGGCGAUCCCAGUGUAUGUCAAGCACAACAUCACCUUCCGGGAGGGAAGCUCCCAGGGACGUUUUGACUUGACCCUGGGACCCAAACAGACCAUGGGCAAGGCCGUGGAGUCGGUCCUAGUCAGCAGCCAGCUGCCCCGGGGCGUCCUCAACGCCAACCUCAACCCCUCCCAGGGAACAUACACCUUUGACCCAGUCACAAAGUUGUUGUCAUGGGAUGUUGGUAAGAUCAACCCACAGAAGCUUCCCAGUCUGAAAGGCACCAUGAGCCUGCAGGCUGGGGCCUCCAAACCUGACGAGAACCCCACCAUCAACAUCCAGUUCAAGAUCCAACAGAUGGCCAUCUCAGGGCUGAAGGUGAAUCGACUGGACAUGUACGGUGAGAAGUACAAACCUUUCAAAGGCAUCAAGUACAUGACGAAGGCUGGCAAGUUCCAGGUGCGGACAUAAAGACUACUGCUCUGUAACUACCGGACCAAACCAUCAUGAGACUGAGGGGUGAUGUGAUGCGGGAAGGGGAGUUGGUACAUUCCCAGUGUAUAUGCAUUUCAGGAUUUACCUACAAAUAUUGGAGGCUCCUUGUAGCAGAUAAGAAAGGAAGCUGAAGCCAGGCCAAACCCAACUAAUCCAAAUAUAUUUCUCCCGAUAUAUACUGUCAACAGCAUUUUUCACUGAUCAUUUUAAUCCUGAGCCCAAACGAAACGAAACCCAACAUAAGAAGUUUGAGCCAGUUUGUGUCCAUUCAGGCUCCAUCAUGUUAAGACAUAAAUGUCAAGCUCUAACAAACAAAGAACAGGCCACAAUCUGAUGCUGUACUGCUUCAGCUGUAGGUAUCAGGUCGAAAGUGAUCUGUCCUCCACCUUUCACACAGUAUUUCACUGUCAAUGGCAUGUUUGUCUGGACAGAUGUGUGCUGGUGACUGUUUGGCUGUUUUUCACACUCCAAGCAAGAGAUAUUGGACCAAAAGUAUAUCAAAAUAGAGCUUCCCCAAUAAUAAAUUGUGAUGGCAUGAGCUGUAUAGUAUAACAGAAAUUCUGUGUUUUCCCAUGUCGAAGGGCAUCUGCAAGAUAAAACAACAGCAUUGUAUUACAGCACAGUAGUACACCAAACUGAAUCAAGAAACUAGUGGGAGGUGAUCGAGUGGAUAUGCUGUAACAGCCUAUUCCAUACAUUUUUUGCUAUAAGAUUCUAUUGUUCUAGAAAAAGCUAAAUUAAAGUCAAAAUGAGCGGCAUCCUAAAUUGUAUAGAACACGGUCCUAUGUUACUUUUCUCUGAUCCUUAGGAAAGAGUCCUCAUUGCAACCUACCAAUGAAACUUGAUAUGACUAUUUGUCAUCCUCCUUCUUCCUCUCCUGUCCACUUUUUCUGAUGUCUUUUUCCAGCAUUCAUCUGUUUUCUGUUUGUCCCGUUCUUGUACUCCUCCUUUUUGCAAUAAUUUGAUGAUUUCGUCUACAGCACUGGAGUCAGCACACUGACACAUGAGAAUGUGACACUGGAGCCACCCUCAAUCAUGCACUUUCACAUCUGCUGGUACUAACAUUUCCUUUUGUGUUGCAAGUGAGAUGGAUGUUGAGUGACUGAAGCUGUUUGAGCUAUUUAUUACCAUAAAGGUGUCUGGGAGAAUUUCAGGUACAUGCUCACCUGUUUUAUUCAACUUUAACUAUUAUUUAUGAACAAAACAAAGGAUUCAUUUGCUAAAGUAAUGUCUUGUGUACAAUAUUUCUAUUUUCUGCAUAUUGUCAUUAAAUUCUUAAAAGCUUUAACUCUACAGAAGCUUGUUAUUUAACCAUAUUGUGACCAAACAGUAAAUUCCUUGUCACUUUCUGUUCGCAACAUACAGAAACGUGGCCAUGAAAAAGAUUUUUGAUCCUGUCAAUUUGGUGAACACUGAUCCAAAUUAUCCAAAAGGAUUUUGUUAGUGCAUCACAAUCCUUACAGUCAGAGAAACAGUAUAAUGUCUAAUAAUAAUCUAUUUAACAACUCAAAAUGAAAAGAUUAUGUAACUUUGUAUUAUGGUAUAAUGGCCAGGUACCUCAGAAGAAACGUUGAAGGUCUGCAUUUUGUGUUUUUGUUAAACAGCCUCCAAUGGAGUGUUAUAAUGGUGUAAAAAUAAAGAUUUGCUGUGUUAUAACUGA